GUUGUCAGAUCUGUGGCCGCUAUUCUGUAUGACCAGGAGUGGACAGGCAAUCGAAUCCAGGGGAUGAUUCCUGACUACACAGCCCGAGACAACAGUGCCGUGAUGAUCGCCUGUUUCACCCCUUACGCCUUCGAGAUGAUGCUUCUAGUCGACUACGGCUUCCCGCCUCACCCAAUCCAGCCGCCAUCGUUCCACCAUCGACAAGCAUUUUUCGCCCUCCCUUACGCCCAGUUCGAGGAAUUUGCCCGGUUUCUAGUCGCUACGGCUAGUCGCUGGAACGAGGGACAUAUCUCUGGUCUAGGCUCGUGGGAGAAGAUUGCUCGGAACAUGAUGUUUUGGACCCGCACGCUCGACGUAUCGGAUGCUGCUACUCUGAUAUACUAUUACCACACCCGCCGCCAACCGGUCGACAGCGAAGAUGCGAAACAGGGCUGGACGGGAUACACCGGUGUUUUGCAGGAGAUGAUCGACGAGAUCCCAGCCCGCGGCACCGAUCGCCUGGCCCGCAAAUUGUCGCUGGACAUCAAUGUUCUCAUCCCAAAGUUUGUUUCGGAUACGUGGAAGCGGGAUGUUUUGUGGUGCAAGGCUAAGCGCCUGGUGGAGGACUACCAUUUGUCGGUCCAGUAUUUGAUCCCGCUCAGCAGUUUACGAGAUUAUAUGAAGAAACGGUCUGCCAAAAGGUAG